GAGGGUCACGUGCGUAUAGCCAAUCGGAUAGCGGCUUACACGGAGGUUCCUGUCAGCGUAUGGAAGCAGCUAAGCUAGUCAUGAGCUAAAAGUCCGGUUAAGGAGGUCUUUUAAAUUUGAAAACUCCAGUCUGGUUUUGGCUGCUGAGAGGCAAACCAUUCAAAAGUACGUUAAGUAUAUUUUCUUUAAUUGCUUUAAGAGGUUUUAACUUGUGAUUAGUUCGCGGACAUAAGCAGAAAUACUGCUAGCACAGAGCUAGCCACCUAGCUAAGUGAGCUAACAACGUAUCUUUGAUCAAGUGGAUUUGAAAAGCUCUUAACGUUAAAAUGUGAAAAGAGGCUUUGGGUGGUUAAUGAAUGUAUUUGAAGUCCUUUUAGUGGUCAGAAAAAACUUGAAUGACCUGUGCCUUGCGGAUUACAUUCGACCCGAUCUUCCACAAUGAUGGUCGGGCUUACUAUUAUUAAAAUACGAUGAUUAUCUUGUUCUAUAUAUAGCUUUUGCUAACAUGUGAAAGUGAAGAAAAAUUGCUUUUGAUAGUGAGAAACAGAGCAACCAAAUUCAUCCUCGACUUUGGGCUAAAUUAAACUAUAUAGACUUUGCAGAAGAGGAAAUGAAAGUAAAGUUUAGCUCCAUAAUUUUCUGAUAACCUGCUAAUGACCGUAGGUUAAUGAUUUUACCUCAUUACAUCCAAACAACUGAAAGACAGACUCUCACAGCCGGACAGACAGCUGUAGGUCAGUUUGUAGCUCCAAAUUAUAAACCAGAUUUUAAAGAAGCCUUAUCGUCACAUCCCUUUAAUCUCAACAUUGUUGUCACACAUUUUCAGUAGCUUUAGGUAGCUCUUGUAUGCACUCUUAAACGUGUUAUCCUUUUCUUCCUCAACAUAAAUCUUUAAGUUUAUUAAGUGGUUCGUAUGCCACGUUUGUUCAUUUUUAGACCUCUGAUUUUAAGUUGUCAAGAUGCCUGACAAAGAUUUGAGACUAUUAAAAAUCAACUGUAUCAGUACCACCACCAGCUGAGAUGUGGACGUGUUUAUAAGAGUGCAACAACUAUGAAACAAUGAGAAAAUAGCUUAUCUUUUUAGAGUUGUUCUCGCUCAAUUUUGCCUCCAUGUUGAUUAACCAUUCUCACCCACCUUUCUUAAAUUUCCUCCAGGGAUAAAUAAAGUACUCUUAUUCUGAUUUGCAUCAGCCUCUGGAUAAAAAUGUGUGUGUUGAUCCUUUUGCUUUGCAUGGUGCUUAUAAAACAUGUAACCUACAAACACCAGGUAUUGCAUUGUUUUAAAGCACAUGGUCUUAAGAGGUACUAACAAUACCCCCAUGUUCAGAUUAGCUCACUCCAUAUAAUCUGCUUUACCAUGUUUUUGUGUGUUUUAUUUAGAUCAGUGGUUCUCAAGUCCAGUCCUCGAGGCCCACUGUCCUGCAUGUUUUGUAUGUUUCCCUGCUCCAACACACCUGAUUCAAAUGAUCAGCUUGUUAGUAAGCCAUUACAGAGCUUGAUAACGAGCUGAUCAUUUGAAUCAGGUGUGUUGGAGCGGGGAAACAUCCAAAACAUGCAGGACAGUGGGGGCUCGAGGACUGGACUUGAGAACCACUUCUUUAGAUAUACAUAUACUUUUAUAAAAAACUUUUUUCCCUAUUUUAGUAUGCUUUCUCUAUUGCUUUUUUCCUGCUGUUUUUACUCUGUAAAGUGUCCUUGAGUGUCCAGAAAGGCGCUUUCAAAUAAAAUGUAUUAUUAUUAUUAUUGUUGUUAAUGUAUUAAAAACUGAUAAGCUGACUGUAAUAUAUUCAAUACCAGUGGGUCAGUAUAUUUAACUGUCAGAGCUUGUUUUGCUACCUUUAAGUUGUGGCGUCAAUCACCUAUGUUACUGCUAUUGUUUACAAAAGCAGGUUGAUAAACAGAUUGUGUCUGUUACAGGUCAGCAUCAUGGGUGAACCACAGCAGGUUAGUGCCCUGCCUCCCCCGCCGAUGCAGUACAUCAAAGAAUACACAGAUGAAAACAUCCGCAAGGGCUUGGCACCAAAGCCACCUCCACCCAUCAGAGAUAGUUACAUGAUGUUUGGCAACCAAUUCCAGUGUGAUGAUCUUAUUAUCCGGCCUCUGGAAAGCCAAGGUAUUGAGAGGCUCCAUCCUAUGCAGUUUGACCACAAACGGGAGCUUAAGAAGCUCAACAUGUCCAUACUCGUGAACUUCCUGGAUCUGCUGGACAUCCUUAUUAAGAGCCCAGGCAGUAUAAAGCGUGAAGAGAAGCUGGAGGACUUAAAGCUUCUGUUUGUUCAUAUGCACCACUUGAUAAAUGAAUACCGGCCUCAUCAGGCCAGGGAGACACUGAGAGUGAUGAUGGAGGUGCAGAAGAGACAGAGGUUAGAGACGGCAGAGAGGUUCCAGAAACAUCUUGAGAGGGUUGUGGAGAUGAUCCAGAGUUGCCUUGCUUCCUUGCCUGAUGACUUACCUCAGAUGGAGGGUUCAGAUGGUGCAGGUGAAGGGACAAGAACUGUGUCUGCAGCUGCCGGUGUUGGCAGUUCCUCUGGGCAAGCCCCGCGACUGAAAACUGAACCAAUGGAUGUAGAGGAAGCAGGUGGCAGCUGUAUGGCAGCAGGUCAGCAGGACAAGAGUGCUCCUAUUUCAAAGAAGGACAAAAUGUGGGACAAGGAUGCAUCUAUGUGUGGCAUUAUAGAUGAAAUAGCUUAAAUGUUGUUGUGUCUUUUUUGUACACCUUUAUGAGUUUGUCUUUACUUAGAUGUUGAAAAAAUGUACUUUGUUUUCAUUGAGCCUCAUACCUGUACAGCCGUGGAUUGCUUCACAGCUACUUUGUCUAUAUUAUAAAGAGUUCUUGUGAAGACAUUAGAGGGGUUUAAUUUACACAUAAAGAAACUGGGGUUACAAUUUUAAGUUUCUGUAAUAAACCAAUAAAGGCAUUUGCAGUUGCUGUCAC